AUGGCUACCCCUAGUGUCCUCACUUUUGACGCUGAGGGUCGGGCCAUUGACUUUGAGGUCUGGGUAGAUGACCUACAGCUGUUCUUACAGUGCGAUAGGGCGGACGGCCUCUCUCUCUUUGACCUCACCUCUGGCGCUUCCCCUGCCCCUGCUGCUGAUGCUGACGCCACUGUUCACUCCCAGUGGGCCACGCGCGAUGCUGCUGCACGUCUUGCUGUGCGUCGCCACCUCCCUACCUCCGAGCGUGCGCACUUUAGUCAGUACAAGAGUGCUCAGACCUUGUACGCCGCUGUAGUCGCGCGCUACUCCUCCCCUUCCACUGCUGCACUGAGCCAUCUCAUGCUGCCGGACCACUUUCUCUCAGUCUGUCCCACCACACUCACUGUAGACCUCCUCGAGAAGGCCCUCCUCGCGAUAGAAAAGAGCAUAGUCGCUGUAGGAGCCUCUCGAGGUGACCCGCGCACCCCCAUCUUUGAGGGGUGUUCUCCCUCCCCCCUGCUGCCCUCUGUUGCCUCUGCUGCUUCGGCCGACCUCCUUGGUCUUGAGUCGGUCGGUGCGGUGUCUGCCACUAGCGGGAGACGCCGCCCUGGCAAGGGCAAGGGGGGCAAGGGAGCUGGAGGAGCGGGCGGUGGAGGUGGAGGUGGAGGCAGUGGGGGGAGUGGGGGUAGCGGUGGAGGUGGAGGUGGGGGUGGGGGGUUCGGUGGCGGCAGUGGAGGCGGAGGCCGCGGCGGCGGUGGCGGUGGUAGCGGAGGUGGCGGAGGAGGCGGCGGUGGAGGAGGCGGUGGAGGCGGCGGCGGCAGUGGAGGCAGCGGAGGCGGUGGAGGCGGUGGGGGUGGCGGUGGAGCUGGUCGCGGGUCUUUGCAGAGGAGUGGCUCCGGUGGUGGCUCGCGCCAGCAGCAGCAGCGUGGUCGUGCGACCCUGUCCCCUCAGCAGCUCCGUGAGUGGUACACUGCACGCCAGCGGGGUGGGGGUUUUGGUCCGUGUACCUACGUCCUGCGCACCGGCGACCGUGCGGGCAUUGAGACUGCUGCUCUAGGUACUGGUGAGGCUGCUGUCCUAGGUGCUUACGACGCUGCUGCUCUAGGUGCUGGUGUGUCUGCGUCCUCAGGUACUGGUGAGUCUGCUCUCUCAGGUACCGCGUCGGCUUCGGCCUCCCUCACCUUCACUCUUGACUCUGGGGCGUCUCGCUCCUUCUUUCGGGACCGCACCACACUCACGCCGCUUAGUCGGCCGGUUGCGGUGUCUCUGGCUGACCCCUCUGGGGGUCCGGUCCUGUCUCGUUUCUCCACAGUCCUCCCGUGUCCGGCGGCUCCCUCUGGCACCCUGUCUGGUCUCUACCUCCCCUCGUUCUCGACGAACCUGGUGAGUGGUGCUGACCUACAGGAUGCGGGUGUCCACCAGUUCACUCCUGCACGUCAGCGAGUGACCCACUGUACAGAGGCUGGCACAGGCCGACACCUGGCUACGUUCACCCGUCAGCCGGGGUCGAGCCUGUACACUCUGACCACUGCGUCUCCUCCAGUUGCUGAGUCUGGUAGGGUAGUUACGUCGGGUCAGGUGUUUGCUGCGGCGUCCAGGUCUGGUCCUGAGUCUGCCCCCUGUUCGUGUCGUCUCCUGUCUCACGAGACUCUCCUCUGGCACCACCGCCUUGGCCACCCCUCUCUGCUUCGGCUCAGAGGUAUGGCCUCCCGUCUUCUUGUGUCCGGUCUCCCCCGGUCCCUCCCUCCCCUUCCUCAGGGCCCUGGCCCUGCCUGUGUCCCCUGUGUCGAGGGGCGCCAGCGUGCUGCCCCUCACUCCUCCCAGUUUCCUUCGACAGAGGCCCCGUUGCAGACACUUCACAUGGACGUGUGGGGCCCAGCCCGCGUCCGUGGACAGGGUCACGAGCGCUACUUCCUGCUCGUUGUUGACGACCACUCGCGUUACACCACAGUCUUCCCCUUGCGCAGCAAGGGUGAUGUCACUGAGGUGCUGAUCGACUGGAUCCGCGCAGCUCGUCUCCAGCUCAGGCAGAGCUUCGGCUCGGACUUUCCUGUUCUGCGUCUGCACUCGGACAGAGGCGGAGAGUUCUCCUCUGGCCUUCUGCGUGCCUACUGUCGUGCACGGGGCAUCCGUCAGACCUUCACGCUUCCGGACUCACCGCAGCAAAAUGGGAUUGCUGAGCGCCGCAUUGGCAUGGUCAUGGACGUCGCUCGUACGUCUAUGAUGCAUGCGGCUGCCCCCCAUUUUCUGUGGCCGUUUGCGGUGAGGUACGCGGCGCAUCAGAUCAACCUCCACCCCAGGGUCUCCAGGCCGGAGACCUCCCCAGCCUUGCUGUGGACGGGGAAGGUUGGCGAUGCGUCGGCGUUCCGGGUCUGGGGAUCUCGGGCGUUUGUCCGCGACCUGUCUGCGGACAAACUAUCCCCUCGUGCUGCUCCUUGCGUCUUCCUGGGGUUCCCCCCUGACGCGCCUGGGUGGCAGUUUUACCACCCCACCUCUCGCCGUGUUCUGUCCUCCCAGGACGUCACGUUUGACGAGUCGGUCCCCUACUACCGCCUCUUCCCCUACCGCACUCCGUCCCUCCCCCCACCCCCACUCUUCCUGGUACCAGGUCCCCCCCAGGUAGACCCCCUCCCCCCUCAGGGUCCUGCCCCUUCAGGUGUGUCCCAGGUAGACGCAGUCGAGCCUGUCGAGGUCACUGGUGACUCUGGUGCUGCUGAGGGUGCUGAGGCUGGGGGUGCUGUACCUGGGGGUGCGGAGCCUAGGGGUGCUGGGCCUGGGGGUGCUACUCCUACUGGGGGUGCUCCUGGUGCUGCUGGAGGUUCUGGAGCUACUGGUGGUGCUGCUGGAGCGGGUGCUCCUGCUGAGGGUUCUGGGUGA